UUGUUAGGAAUGUGGGCCUUUUAGUUAUUACGAGAAUUCGAGUGUAUCUCAAAUGUGCAUCUGAGACAUUAUUUCGAGAUAAAUAAAAAAUUGAAAAAUAAUAAUAAUAAUAAUCAAAUUCCUACUCGCAAGCUUUGUUGUUGUUAAUUUAAUGUGAUCAUUUACAUUCAACGUGCUGUAGGUUUUAAUACAUUUUUUUUUUUAAUAAUACACAGUUUUCUUGUGAAACCCACUGAUUUUUCCCCCUAAAAUGACGUAGCUCCUACGUUAGUUACGCAGCAGUACUGCGGUCAGGGCGAAGGCGGGGCUGUUUUGCAUGUCACGUGACUGCGCAUUAACAAAUCAACAAUUAUCCUGGCUUUAUUCUUUAGGGGUAACUAAAAAAGGUAGUAAGAAUCGUUUGGGCGAGCUUCUUGGAAAUGUGCGAGCCCAAUCUUUUCAGUUCUGGCUAUGUCGGUCCUCUUUUGAAUUUUCCCUCUCCGGACUCCUUGCGUUUCUCAAACUUGCGGGGCAAUGGAGCCCAUCACUCCGCGCUCCCGCACAUCUACGGCAGGAGAGAGGUGUGCUCGCUCCCGUGGACUUCCCCAAGCUCGUGCACAAGCCCGCCACAGAGCCGCGCCUUCAGCGGCUACUCUCAGCCGUUCCUCACCAACUCAGUGCCUGUGACCACCAGCACGCAAAACCACAGUAAGGGUCCGCUGGGGGACUCCAGUAAGUACUACUUCGAGGAUGCAAACCACAAAGCUGAGGUGCCGGACAAAGAAACGACAGCUUUCGCCAGAGAACAUGGACUCACGGCUCCUGCCGACUCUAGCAAAUAUGAGUUUUCAGGCUUGGACAGACGGUUGCAAAUCACGGUGGCACAGGCUGAGCUGAACUCCUCUGACCAAGCAAUAGCCGAUGACACUAAACAGUCUGCACACACCACUGUCCCAGUUCAAGGCUUUUCGAGUGCGCAGAACACCAGAGCAGCCUUCUCUGAUGGAGUGCCGUGGUGUCCCGCACAAGUGAGAGUCAGAAAGAAGAGGAAACCUUACACGAAACCACAACUGGCUGAACUUGAGAAGGAAUUCAUGAUGAACGAAUUCAUUAACCGGCAAAAACGGAAGGAACUAUCAGACAGGCUGGACUUGAGUGAUCAACAAGUCAAAAUCUGGUUUCAGAAUCGCAGGAUGAAGAAGAAAAGACUGCUAAUGCGCGAGCAUGCCUUCACUAUGUACUGAACAGUAAAUAUCAAGGCUCCCUUGCUGGUGACCUCUGUGCCCCAAGUCUUCCGUGUCUCACGCGCUCCUCACCUUGACAAUGAUUUACCCGAGCGGUUUACUUCAAUGCAUAUGUGCUUUUUAACGCACUUUAGCUAGUCUGGAAAGCAUGAAUUUAAAAGCGGUCCACACUGUUGGACUUCUGGCGUAAAUGUUGAUUGGACACAGUUUACGUAAAAGCCAUUCAUUCAACUUCAAUUCGAGAUCUAACACUUUCGACUAACGUCGAGAAAACUCUGGUAGAAUGUGUAGGGUUUGUGCGUGCUUUUUUAUAUACAUAAACAAAAAUGUGGCCUAUUUAUGAGUUGUAAUGUAUGUCUUGCAUUCUAAUAAACAGUUUGAUUACUUG